AUGGGGCGGAUCCGAAACCGACAGAUCGCGUCACAGGGCAGCCAAGCUGAGCAGCCAGUCGCACCACCUCCUUCGGGAUUGCUUGAAAGGCUUGGCGUAAGGGAUGGAACGUCGUUAUGCCUAAUAGCAGCAACAUUCACACUGGCCAGCAGUUUAGUCAAUUUCCAAGUGUCUCUAUUAGGUGAUGAUGGGUUUACCAGCAAGGAGUACUAUAGUGAGUUGGUAACUGGCACAAUGGAGGUAGCUGUUUGCGGCCCCUAUAUAGUUCUGAAAUCGCAGGAGUUCGUGUCCAAUCUGUUGCCGUCGUGGAACACAUGCCGUCCUAACGUGCGGAUUUUCAGAGACACGGUCAUUCUUGUGGUCAUAUCUUAUCUGAUACUACUGGACAUCAACUGGAGCUUCGUCUGGCUCGCCAUCUUUCCCGUCACAGCCAUUGUUUUCAUACGAGCUCUGUACCUCAAGUUCAAUCGUCGUACUGGUGGCAGGAGUGUUCAAGGCACUCCAGGAUCUUCUAAGGUCGUUGAGAAGACCAACAGGAAAGCUAUGGAGUUUGUGAGCAUAGUGAUGAUGACGCUUGGGGCGCUAUUGGUUAUGGACCAGCUACCAGACCAUGCAGCCUACGGUUUCGCCAUCUCCCAGUUCCUUCUGUUCCUAAGCUGCACGGUGGCGGCGCUGACGCGCAUGAUGAUGAAGCUGCCGGCUGGCGCCUCGCCAGGCAUAGCACCGGCAUCGGAGAUGCUCCACAAGACCCUGCUUAUCCUCCUACUGGUGACUGGGCACACGGUAGCUGCAGAGUGGCUGGGCGAGGAAGUCGUUGUGCUCUGCUUGCCGGAGGUCAUCCCUGUGCUUCUUUGGUUCAUUCUUCACAUCGACCGUAAACCAGGCAGCAGCUCCGUCAUGAGCGUCCACAAAAUGAAGGCACACAUAAAUUGGCUUGGCUUGAUCGGUGCCGUGGUGGUUGCUCCUCUUUUCGCGUACCUGUUGUUCACCAUGGAUGAAUCUGGGCUCUCCGGCUGGUGUAUGACAUUCCAGGUGUCAUGUGGCGUCUCAGGGAUCCUGACAUACUACCUUGUGUUCAUGCUAAACCACUGGACGAGGCAACAAGUUGCAGCUGCUGGCAAGGAGGAUGGGGCUUCCGGUAUGCUCAAGUUAUGGGCCUAUGCUUUGCUGAUAGCGUGGGCUGCGUCUCUGCUGCUCAGGUGUCUGGUUUCUCUCCGGCUUGGGCUGCAACUACCACUGCAUGCAACGGCUGUGUAUGCCGGUAAUAUUUCUGGUUUUAGCUACUCAAAUUAA